AUGAAGUAUCACUUAGCAGUUGCAACUUCGUGUGUUGGUGCAAGUUUUGGCGCCUGGGGUGGGUGUGCUGAGACUUUGUUGAUAUUGUUCGGAAAAUUAGAAGUUCCAGCCUCGUUGCAGGGGGUAACCAAAGUGAACGCCAACAUCACCCGGCAAGCUCGCGCCUCACCGUGCAUAUUGCCACGUUCAUUUCAAGCACCAUUCGUUAUAGAGCUAGUCGUAGACGCGCUGCCGAGCGCUAGAUUAUUCCUCGAACCUGGUUAUGAGCUGUCCCAAUUUAACACCAUUUGCGUUGUCCUUCAUGACGGUUAUCAAGAAAUUAUCGGCAGGUAUAGUGAUGUUCGCUAUGAUAAGCUCAUGCUUUCGUCAUGCCUUUCUCUGCUAACUAAAAGUGAGUACUCAUCUAUUCGUCGUAAGAAAGACCAAAGUAUAUUCUUACGACAAACUGCAGUCACCGCUCGUACUGAGCUACUUAGCUCAAUAUGCCAAGAAUUUAAACAGGAUACUUUAGAAACUAGGCCUACCAUUCCUAGCUCUAUAUCGACUUUUCGAGCGGAGAGACCUUCUGUCUGGACUGUGGACUUCGAUCAGCACGUCAUCUUCCUCGACCAACUGGAGUUUCAUGCUAUUCACCUAUUCUGCAUCCCUCAGGCUCAGCCCACGCUUUUCCGUACAUCUCGUCGAUAUAGACCAGUAGACUUACCAGUCUGGAAACCUUCUCAUACCACAGUAUCACAUACCUCGAUCCCCCUAACUGCUAUUCCUGUAUCGGAUUAUGAUUCCAAGUGGCGUGCUCCUGGCUUCGCUUCUAGCGAGAGCGAGAGCGGCUUCACUCUUAACUUUAAAACGCAAGUUAUUGGUCCGAAUGAGUGCGUCAAAUAUAUGGGAAUGCUAAAUAUCAAGCUUGACGGUUCUCUGGUUCAACCUCGUGAGCCGGCGAACCUCCUACGCUGGAGGAUAUGGCCCAUACCGCCAGUUGUGCCCACAGUCGGCCUCGGAAACACCCAAGUACUUUUCACGGAGCAUAUUGAACAAGCAUACAGGCUUGUUCAAGAGCAUUUUAUGGAGGUAGUUGGGCAAACAUACCCACUCAGCAGUCAGUUCUGGACACUAUCUAUGUCGUUUCAUCAAUCCGCCAUAUCCAAAUCUUCAAGAAAACUCAUAACACUAUUGAAUGCACACCAUUACGUAGCUUUUGUGACAGAUUCGGUGCGCUAUAUCAAACUACUUGAUGCAUAUCCGCUUUUUACUCGCAUGCACAAACUGCCAACUGAACUUCAAGAAAUAAUCCUUAGCUAUGCUGGCGAAGGUGAAAUCAAUCGUGCUGUUUACGCUAGCAUUCUCGGGGUUGAUGUGCCUUUCACGUGA